ACUAGUGAUGUAUGACAGGAUCACUUUAUAAUCAUUGAUUAGAGUGUUUGUAUGUAACUGGAACUUUAAAACAUCACGAACACCCACGCAAUGGAAGUGUAUUAAUUAACUGAUUGUGGGAGUGGCUGGAUAUGAUGGCUGGAGUUGAUGAUGAGGAUUGUGGUGGGGAUUGUGAUGAAGUGGAUCAUCUAGAUGAAGCUGUUACUAAAUCCAGGAGCUCUUUCAAGACUAUGUUUAAUAAAGGAGUGAAGUACCAGGCCUACUUGAAGAGAGUUGUAGAAACUAAGAGGAUCAAUGAUGAGAAAAAGAUGGAGACACUCCAAAUUAAUGAUGAUGAUCAGAAUGAUGAUGAUAAUUUAUAUCCUUUUGAUAGUUUUAAUACUUUAGGAGCUAUUGGAUUCAGUGUAUAUGAUAACCCAUUCAUGGAAGUUAGUAAUCUUCUCAUGUCAACCUCUGGAGUUUGUGACUUAACAAAAACAACACAAACAAAAACAACACUAGAAGAUACGACAAAUGAGCCACUUGAUACAGAAAGUGAAGACAAUGAGGAGUCCUCUCAUGGAAUCAGAGAAGUGGCACGUUAU